CUUAUUGUCGACUACAUUAGCAUGAUACGCUGAAGUUCCCUUUACAGUAGUAGAACGCGACUAGCUUGAAAACGUAAACAACAAUCAUGAGUCAAGCACCGUUGGAGGCCCGUGAAAUUUCAGCACCCAGAGUGGGACGCUUUAAAGUUCACAUUCAGGGUGACCUGAAGCAUUGCCAGUUUAUCAUUCUGACCGUACACGAUCUAGGAUGCAAUCAUUCCAUGUGGACCAACUUUCUGUCGAGCCCGGCCAUGGAGGAGAUCAACCGGCGUGGCGCCUUCAUCCACGUGGACGUGCCAGGCCAGGAGGACGAGGCCCCGGACCUGCCCGCUGAAUACCCGCCCAAGCACAAGUCAGGCUUAAACGUGUGCUACACAUUCCCGAGCAUGCAGAGUCUUGGAGAGGACUUGGUGUGCGUUCUCGACCAGCUAGAUGUGAAACAGGUGAUUGGAGUGGGAGAGGGAGCAGGCGCCAACAUUGUGGCCAGAUUUGCUAUGGCACAGCCGGAGCGUGUGUUGGGCUGUGUACUCAUCCACUGCACAGGAACCACUGCUGGUGUCAUGGAGUCCCUCAAAGACAAGGUGAUGAACUGGAAGCUGGAGCAGAUUGGCAUGAACCCCUCAACUGAAGCCUACCUCUGCCUGCAUCGCUUUGGCUCUGCCACGCCUGAGUUUGAGAAAGCUGAGAACAAAGAGCAGCUGACACGUGUCAUCGAGUUUUUCCAGCAGUCACUAAGGUCAAAGAUCAACCCCAAAAACCUCAAGAGAUUUGUGCAGGCUUUCAUGAAGAGGUCAAACAUCGCAGAACAUGUCAACAAAUUCAAAUGCCGAGUUCUGAUGGUCACUGGUUCCAAAGCGUCCUUCAACCACACGGUGCACAAUUUGUUCUCCCGUAUGAGGGAACGACUCGACAAACAGGACUGUGAGAUCCUGGAGGUGGAUGGAGUAGCCAACGUGCUGGAGGAGAAGCCUGAAAGAUUUGCUGAGAGUUUGCUGUACUUCUUACAAGGCAUGGGAUUAGUGGGAGGUGUGCCAAUGCCCCGCGUACAGAGGUCCUCAUCCAUCGACAGCACCGGCACACCCCCGGGCCGCACCCGCUCUAUGUCCAUGGAGGAGGCAGACAUGCCGCGGGGCAUCUACUCCAUGAGCCCGCCCAAGUACGGCUCGCCCACACGCAGCGGGGCCGAAGUGCUCUCUACCAGCCCAGCCAAGAGCUAGACAGUCCCUCCCUCCACCCCCUACUCUGCAUCAGGCCCCAGGAGGGUGUGGGCACAGCAGGAGUUGUGUCCUCACUCACACUGACACUUGCACAUGGCUACCCACGUACACAGAGUCAUAGACCACUACACAUGCAUAUAUGCAUACGCAUACACCGAAAGUGACAUUUUCAAAGAAUUUUGUCAGAACCUUAGGAGGCAGCUAGCAAGUCAUCCAUCUUGGAAGAGAAAGCUAAGAGACCUUGUUUGAAAGAUAAGAUUGAAGAACGAAAGACGGCACUCUCUCUAAGCAGACCUUUGCUUGUCUUGGUAGUUUCAUUUACUUACAAUGUAGUCAACUGUCCCUCUUACACACACGCUUUCCUUCAAACUUCAGUAGAAACAAGUCACACAAAGCUUUCAAGUUGUUGCAUUGAAUGAGAGUCAUUGUUUGAAGUUGAAUUUUAGAGGAAAAGAGGAGGUUCAGCAUGUGCACGUAUUCACAAAACACAAAAACAAUAGAUCUCCAGUCCCCGCUGACUUCAAAUGCUAUCAUAUAAUACGUUGUCGUAAUUCUGAAUCAUUUUUUUACACUUUUUACAAAAGUUUGAGCCUCCUGAUGAUAUGACAUGGUGUCAUCUUCAAGUUUAUUUAUGUACCAUUGUAAAGAAUUUCUUUUUACGCAUGCAUCUAAGAAACUUAUUUUGUGAAGGAAUUAAUUUAAAUACUGGAGAGAAAAGGCUGUCAAACAGGCACAAUUCUGGUAUUGGAUUUGGUUUUGUUUUCACACUUGACCAAACGGCAAUGAACAGAUAAGUACUUUUGUCAUCUGUUCCAACUGCUUAAUUGAAAUUUACAAAAUGAAUGUGAAACAUUUCACUUUUUAAAAACCUGACCCAACUAAUACUGACCUGUGACUGUACUGAUCACAUGUAAUAGUUAACCCUUUAAUAAUGCAUAUAGCCGUCUGUUUUGAGGUGGAGAAAAAAAUAGAAAUUCUUAUGAACUAAUUGUAUUAUUGUUGAGAAAAUACAUUGGUUAUUUUUUUUUACCAAAGUAUCUGUAAGCAACUUGGGGAAGUUUGAAAAACAAUUUUACUGUUCCAUGCUUCAUUUUUUAUGCAACACACAGAUAAUACUUUGUCACUGUUUUGGACCAGGAGUGUAUACUGUUUUCUUGGAAAACAAGAAUGUUUGUUAAACUGGACAAUGGAAAAUGUUCAGUUCAUGAGCUUCAUUGUUCAUUAUUGACUUAUGUGUAGUGGGUUGCCAUUUUACUUUUGUAUUGCAUUAUAGGACAAUAUACUAUGCACUUCGUAUGGUUCUCAAGAAGAAAAUGUAAUGAGUAAGAUCAUUUGUUGUGCUUUCAACAAAAUUAAGUCGCAUGCCAAAAGCUCUUUGUCAGGUAAUUUGUGUGCUGGGUUGUAACUGCAAGUUUUUUAAAGACACUUUUUAUGGUUUUGCUCAAUACAAGUGAUGUUGAGGAAGCAGAUUUUGAUAAUUCUGUACUUAACAUUGGUGCAGUCUGGAAUAUAUUUGUCUGCUUACACUUUAUGUAAAAUUAUGGAAUGAACUCUUUUCCUCUUAAAUUAAUCUUAUAGCUACUGUUGAUGUUUCUGUGUAAAUACGGUCAUCACUGAUCAACAGUCUUUGAGAUGUAAGUUGUUGAUGAGAUUUUACCUCAUCUGUUGCAUUUUGACAAGUGACUUGAUUUGGCUGGCCGCACAACAGUAUAUUUUGUGUUUCAACUGUCAUCAUUGAUAACAAAUAGCUGUGUGUGCUAGUAAGCAAUUUUGUGUAGUUCUGUAUUGUACCAUUGCUCUUCACUGACUGUGUCUUAGGCAAAGUCGUGUUCUCUCUAUUGAUAUAUAUGGUAACGUAUGAUCUUGUGCCCAUCCAUGCUCUUGUUCAUCCAUCCUGAGUACCCGGUUUCCAAAUGUCAAGUCACUCCUUUCUGAAGAUUUCCCCCAGUCUGUCAACCUGACCCUCUUUGGGAGCAGGUGAUGUGCUCUGUACAGCUUUGGCUAUGACAGACACUUACUGUUCUGAGCCUACCUCCUUUGUUGUGAGUUGGAUGAUGUAAUGUGAUGAAAGUAUUCUGUGGUGUGGCUGCCUUUUAGGCUAUGUCAUGUCUACUGCAUGAAACUUUGCUAUGGAAAAUUGCGUUUUUUUGAAAUGUUGAGAAAAGGCUGAGUUGCUCGUUUCUAGAGGUCAGUAUGUCUGAAACUUUGAAGAGAAGGUUAAAAUUAAUAUCAUUUUUUCUCCUUGCUGAAAAUGAUAACAAAGUGUUGAAUGAAUCAUAUUGUUUGCACAGAUAUUUCUUUAGGAGUAUUACCUUCGGCCUUGUGUCUUGUCAUUCUACAGAUUCCUGGAGUACUGUGCACUCAAUAAUUCUUCUUCAUGCAUGUUGCAGCUUAAAAUCAUAAUUUUAAAGUAAAUCUAGCUCAUUCGAUACAUCCUCACUUGUAGUGCAUGAGUAUGUAGUGUGUAAUUGAAAAACCAUUUGCCUCUGAUUAUUUUACUUAGAUUAUAACAAGCAAUUAGAUCCUGAUCUAAUAAUCUCCUGUAACCUGGAUUUACCGAGGGACAUAAUUGCGCUUGAAUGCUUGUAAUCAGAAUUUGCUGUGCACGUAGGCCGCAGCUUUGAGCUGAAUCUUGCUUUUUAAUGCCAAGCCGAAGACUGUCAAAAAAUGCAGAAUAUAUAAUUCUUUGUAACAAUAAUCAAGACAAUGGUUUUCCUUUUCCCUUCUUUAAUUAGGAGCAUAGUUUUUUGGGUUUUUUUGUCCUUAUUUUUGUUUAUCAUCUGUUCAUGCACAUGUUUCAUUGUCACACAGUAGUUUCCUGAGUGAGAAGUUGUUUGUCUUAGUUUUUGCUGUUGGCUUUGUUUUUUCGAUGAACUGUAGUUAUCUGCUCAUACUUUUUGCACAAAUUUCAGGCACACGAUUAUUUUUGUAUUCCUAUAUUUCUGUUGUCAUUGCUAUUCACCUUCACUUCAGUUAUGUUAUUUGAGAAUGUAAUUAAGAUUGGCAGUAUUCAAGCUCAGUAUACCCCAGGUUGGUGAUAAAUGCUGAUAGUUUUUGUCAUAUUUUUAGUGGCCAGAGAGUUUUGAUGAAAUUAUGUGACUUUAUAAAAGUAAUUAGUUUUUUCUUUAUAGCAAUUAAUGGAAUUGUGAAUGUGAUAUUAUGCUCAAUGAGUUCCAUAUAUGGCUUCGGUUCAGACCCUUGUGAGGUAUUUCCCCCAUCUAAAUAUUCCUGUGUAACAAAUAGAUGGUGGAAAGUAAAUUCAGCACUCACCCGUGAGUCAUCCCAAUUCACGAAUUACUGUCAACGUCAAGAGGCUCAGACUGUGCAUGAAGACUUGAGGAGCUUUCUUUCGGAAUUUUGUUUUGUCUUUAGCUGGAUGGAUUUUCCCACCUGAGUUUUACUACUAAGAAACUUGACUUCAUAGAAAAUAGUAGUUUUGCUUUUCUCCUUUUAUUUCCAGCAUUCUAAAUAUUGCAUGUUCUAAAGAAUAGGCAAUAUUCUGAAAAUAAAAGAUAAAUCCUGAAUAUUAUUUUCAAGUUUUAUUUUCCGCUUCAGAAGGACUCAUUGAGGUCUCUUGACACAGAGCUGUGCUGAGACACUCUAGCUCUAUAGACUGGUCGUUGUGUGUCGGAGAGUCAUAUUUGUGUUUAUUAUAAGCUUUCCCUUUUAUGCUGAUUUUUCUGUCCCAAGGUAAAAAGAAAAGUUUUGUCAUCUUUUCUACUUUAUAUGAGGGCGAAGUAGUUCUGUAGUGUGGUCAGAUUUAUUGCAAGUCUGUAGGAGCUGUAAGCUGUGGUGUUCACCACCUGUGCUUGUACUUUCAGCAUCUCGCAGAAAAUCAACCACUGUAUUAUUUCUGCUUGUGUUUUGUUUCCUUUCUCUUUGGUGUACUUUUUAAGUUGUUGGUUGUGUUUGGUAGUAGAUCACUGUCCUUUUGACUUGAAUGGUGACAUGCAUAAUAUUUGUUCAGAUUUUUUAUUUGGGAGGACAUACCCAUUACUUUUAUUUACUGCAGAAGUUUAUUAUUUACUCAAAUUAUAUUAAAAUGGAGUUCAAUGGCACAACAAAGUGGGCAUUUGGCAAAUGUUGCAUAUAUAUAAAUCAUAUUUGAGCUGUGCCCCAUUAACAUAUAGAGCAUUAUCAGCCAGUAUCAUUACGUAUCCCUUCAUGUGACUUUUUCACUCAUACUGAUGUAGAGAAAUCAGACUUACUGCUAGUCGUUAGUGACACAGAUCUGCAUUUAUAUCGUAUUUUUCCUUUUCCUUUGUCAGGUUUUUGACAUGUUUUGAGUGAGGUGUAAUCACCAAGUUGUAUGAAUAUAGCAGUGGAUAAUAGGUCAAAAGAUUAUAGAUAUGUUUUAAAGGCCAAAUGUGAUUAUUAUAGGCUUGAAGUGCCUCUCUUCUUACUUUCAUGAAAUGAGGAAUCAACUUUCAAGUCCUUCCAAGAAUUUUUGUGUAAUCUUUGAGCCGUGUUGCCCUGGGCCUACGGAACCUGUGCACCUGAUCUCCUGUGUGUCGACUGCUUGGUUUAAAACUGCAGCACACUGAGCCUCGCCUUUGGUGCACAUAAGGGCACAGGUAACAGGUAAUCUUGCUCAGGCGUUCAUUCGGGUCCUUCGGGUCCUUCGGGAUAUAACAGCUUAAUACUAGUACGUUUUUUAUGUUCUGUUUUUUUUAAUUAAAACAUUAUGUAUGAUUCCACUUUGUCCCCAUUGUACUGCAUUAGAUUGGAAUGAAUGUGACAGGUGCGCGCACUGCCUCCUGAUUCAGUUCUUUACAUUUCCUCAAUAAAGUCAUGUACAUGUCAUUAA